CCACCGCAUGCUGUUAUCGCUAACCUAAAAAUAAUGGUGGGGUGAGAACUGCUCUCAGAUGUCUGUUCAAUGGAGCUAAAAUAUUUUUCAGUAUCACAAUAAUGUUUUCCGCUGUAACAACCAUUUAAACUCUAAAAAUAAAAGAGUAAUUUUACAAGUUUUAUUUUAAAUAAUUAUUUUUAAUUGAUACUCAAGUUGGACACUUAGGCAACUAUUUAUAACACGUGGAUUAUUCAAUCAUUUUUUGAGGAUAAAUAAACUUGGCCUGUUCUUCUCAUGACAUUGCGUUAAAUAACUUAGAAGUAGUAACAGAACAAGUUAAAAUGGCUGGUACAUAUAAACAGAGGGAUUUUAGAGCUGGAAUUGAAGACCAAAGUCUCAUCAAUGAGCUGACCACAAGAAAAAUAGUCGUCAGAGAACCAGUUAGAUUAUCUCCUGGCUGGGAAAGCACAGACAAACCAGACGACGAAUUAAAUUUCAGAAGCGUUACAAUGGACCAAGUUGACCUGGAAUUGAAUCCUCCAAAGGAUAAAUUGAACGUAGUAUUUAUUAUCAUGGUACUUCAUGGUAUUGGUACCCUUAUGCCUUGGAAUAUGUUCAUCACUGCCAGGAAUUAUUUUGAAAACUACAAGUUUUCAAGCAACUACACGGUUAUCAACACAACUUAUGCUAGCAAAUAUGUCAAUAGUGUUAGCUUCUCUGCACAAGUUCCCAAUGUUAUCUUCAAUUGGAUUAAUCUUUUUAUGCCUCUUGGUGGAGAUUUGACUACGAGAAUUGUCUGGGGAAUUCUUGUACAAGUAUUGGUAUUCGUCGAAACAGUUGUUUUGGCUAUGUUGGAUACUUCUACUUGGCCAGGUGUAUUUUUCUGGAUUACAAUGUUCUCUGUCGUUGUUUUAAAUACUUUCAAUGGAAUUUAUCAAAACUCUGUGUACGGUAUGGCAGCUAAAUUACCUGGAAAGUAUACUGGUGCUGUUGUAUUAGGAGCUAACAUCAGUGGAACCUUUACAGCCGUAAUAGAUUUGCUAGCUUUAAAAAUGGCCCCCAGUUUGCGAACCGCAGCAAUUUAUUAUUUUCUAACAGCACUUUUUGUGCUAUUAGCAUGUUUUGAUACAUAUUUUGCACUCCCAAUAAAUAGAUUCUAUCGGUAUCACGAAAUGAUAUUCCAAAAAGACAAGCAAAAAAAAGAAUUGGAAACAAAAUCAAAAAUUCAUGGAAGAACACCUUACUGGACAAUAUUCAAACAAGCUUCUCCCCAACUAUUUAAUAUAUUCUUCGUGUUCUUCGUUACCUUGAGUCUAUUUCCAGCAGUCCAGUCUAAUAUCAAAGCGUCAGAUGAAAAUUUCAUAGUAUCUGAAAAAUACUAUAUGAGCGUAAUGUGCUUUGUAACUUUCAAUGUAACAGCUAUGAUCGGUAGUUUGCUUGCUUCACAUGUUCAAUGGCCAAAGAAAGAGUGGCUAGUAAUACCAGUGGUACUAAGAGUGCUGUUUAUCCCACUAUUUUUACUGUGUAAUUACCAACCCGUGGCAUUUACCCGGACAAUGCCAGUGUUGAUAACAAACGACUGGAUUUAUUUCGUAAUAGCUGUAGUGAUGGGAGUAAGCAGCGGGUAUCUCUCCUCGCUUGGUAUGAUGUACUGUCCCUCAACGGUUGAUUCUCGAUAUGCAUCCACUGCGGGGAUGUUUGGAGCAGCGUUUCUCAUCACUGGAAUCUUCACUGGCGUUCUUACCGCCAUAGUUAUGCCUUACAUCGUUUCUAUGCGCGUAUGGGAAUGAUUAAGGGUUUUGUUCACCCUUGUGUUUAAAUUAAUACUCACUAAAUUCGUUGACGGAUGACUGAAGUAAGAAUUUAAAUGAGUAAUCUAAUAAUAAUACACGGUUUAAUUAUUUAGAUUAUUUUUUAAGAAUUACGUAAUUAAUUUUAACAUUUUUUUAUUCAUCUUUAUAAUUAGAUUUUAAUAUAUUUCUUUUCAAUC